AUGCCUUUUCUCUUCCACAAAGUUCAGACUCUUGAAAUCAUCAUUGCUAUUAUCCUAGUUUCACUUUUCCUCAUCCGUUUCUGGACCACGUCUUCUUCAAGUUCCCGCCCACCCACGAAGAAUUCCCAACGUGACCACAUGGCCCUCCAAGUACUCCAAACAGUCCUCGUCUCAGGUUGCUCUCUCUGGACCGCGCGAUACGUCAAGGUCGUCAGGCAUGUCUCCAAUCAUCGUGCCGGAUCCAUGAUCAUUAUUCCUUUAAGCAUGCCCCUGCAGGACAUAUGUGAUGGCGUCAUCGAGCUUCAGCUUCGCGAUCCUCUAUACGAUCUCGAGGACCUGAUAGAUCAGGCGUCUGUGCAUAUCGCUGUUCCGUCAUUCUGA